CACAACCCAUCCGUGCGAAAGGAGCGUGUCGUGCCGCUCCAAAGGCCAUUUUCAUAUAUUUUUUUUUUCUGAUUAAUUUAUUUCUUUUGAAAUUUUGUUUCCAUCGAGAUUGCGUCGUGGAGGAGGAGGACCAGAAAAAAUCCAUCAGGUCCGUAUCAGCCGGUUUCAUUACGGAUUAGAGUCGCUACGCCUCUCUAAUGGUCCCUCACAGCACAGCACACACACACACUGAUGGCUGAGCCAAAACUUUCACUCCCGAGUUUUGCUCGACUUGAUAAUCUCAAAGAUUUGGAAAUGAUGAUGAAAAUGGAUGGCGGCGAUGGAGGAGGUAGUUGUAGGAGGAGAUGGAGAGAUAUUCAAUUAGCACCGGCGACUGGACCCCGGACCGACUGGACCGGACUAACCAAUUUGGUGGUUACGGUGGAAGGGAGAACAACAGCGCGGGCGAUUCAUCAUCCAAUCUGCCCCAAGUUCAAUGAGCCGUGCGGGCAUGGCCCCCUUUGAGCUUUUUUUUUCUCCUCUUCUCCUGACAUGCUCGUCACGUUUUCCCUCUUUUUCCGAUGGGGGGGGGAGGAGGGUGUUCCACGCACAGCGGCCACAAUCUCCAAAAGUUUGCGUGAGUUCCAGCAAUGAAACAACAGCCAAACAAAAUCAUCGCCUUCCAGAAAUAUCAAAAAAACGGUAGAGCAGGAGGAGCCGAAAGGGGACAGGUUAUAUGAUGUGUCGUCUGGUCCUACUGCUGCUGACGCUCGAUGACGUCUAUAGUGGCAUAGUGCUGGGGCUUCCAGUCCUUCCAUCUCCUUCCAGUCAGCUCGGGAAAGAAAAUAGAACCUGCAACCGCGUCCGACUCCGGUUCUGCUACACCGGAGAAAAGGAAAAAUAUCGUCGUUUGGUUGUAGUGCCUACUCCUCUGCGGCCGGAAGAGAGAGAGAGAGAGAAUAGACUUGAGUGGUUUCCCUCAUUUCUCUCCUUCAACGUCCGUCGCUGUCCGUUCCGGCGGCUGUAACCCAACACACGCGGAAACCGCAGCGACGCGCCAUCGUUUUUGUCAAUAGAGUCCGACCAACUUUCUCCGGCGAUUGUAAGAAAAAAGAGAAAAACGAAAAAAAAUGGGCAAUACAAACUCGUCACCUCGCUACCGAUCGCGCAGUCCGGAUCCGUCGUCGCUGGAUCAGACUUGGAACAACAGUUAUCCGAAAGCCGAGCGCGAGCGCAGUAACCGAUCGCAGUGGCAACAACAACAACAACAGUCUCAACACCACCAACAACAACAACACCAACCAAAUCAAGCGAAACAAAAGCAUUCGGCAGGAGGUUAUCCGGCAUCAUCGGCUUCCGGUAGCGGCGUCAUGGUCAACGGCCACCUCAAUUCCGCUCACUACGAUCAAUUCGAACAGGAAUGCAUCCAGCACCAGCAGCAGCAGAACCACCACCAGUCGAAAUUAUCGGAUCAACAGCCUCUACGCUUCGCCAGAUACGGACCGGGUGUUGCGGAGGCUCCUGUCCAGCAAGCCAAGAAGAUUCGGGUCUUGCCCAUGGCAGCCAACGGGGCCACGGGCACUACCGGAGUGGGCGCCGUCAAGUUAAGAGCUACCGAUAAUGGUCUGGCCCUGCAGAAAGUCGGGACUCUUCACAUCGCCAAUCGCAACAAGUUGACCGAGUUGAAUCACAACCUCAUCGUCGCCGAUCAACCCGAGCCGCCCAUCAUCCCCAACCUCCUGGCCAACGUCGCCGACGAGAUGCGGAGUCCGACGCCGGAUUACGACGCCAACAACAAGCAGCAGCGCUCGUCCAGCGGCAGCCGAAAACCCUCAAAGAGCAAGAAGAAUUCCAAAGCCAAAGCUCCCAACACGGCCCCGUCCACUCCGGCGGCUUCGGCCAAGUCCGGCAGCAGCAGUCGAGUGGAUCACGACGGCCAGCAGCCGACCAGCGGAGGGGGCAAAUCGAGUGGACGCGGUAAACUGCGGCUCUUCAAAACUAAAUCGACCGAUGGCAAAGCGGCCGACUCGGAGAACGGACGCAUCCGGGCUCGCAGUAUGGAAUAUCUCCGUGCGGAUGUGGCCGACGAGACGCAGGAAGUCCGCCGUCGUCACAACAACAGCCGGGAAGAUCUGUCGGGCGACGAAUCUCUGCUGGCCUUCAUAAAAAACGGCCCAGUGACGGUUUUCAGCAGCCAGAAGAAACUGAACGGAACCAUGACGGAUGACGACGAUUGGGAGGAGAUGCAUCCGUCGUCUUCCUUCGCACGAGUUCCGGCCGAACAGCAGGCAAACACCAGCAUCAACAGCAACAACAACAACAACAACAACAGCAAGCCACAACAGUUUUACUUUGGAAUGGCACCGGGUGAUGUCGCCGUAGCCGCCGGCCCGGCUGGCACUCCGGCCAGCACCGCCCAGUCGCUGGAUCUCGACGAGGAAAGUCGACGAGUGAUGGAAGAGUUUGACGCCGUGCUAGCGGAAAGCAAAAGCGGAAUCGAUCGGAAAUCGGAACAAGACGAGAAGGAAGUUGUCCGUCUUCGGCAGUCGACCAGGCGGGCGUCGAAAAGUGCCAGCAGCAGCAGCAGCAGCAGUUCCAACCAGCCAAGGCGCCACUCGUCAACUCCCCCGCCCGUCAUCCGCCACUCGUCCAGCAGUCGCCGGGCAACUCUACACGAAGACCAACUGGAUCACGACGACGAUUACGAUCAGGACAUUGCACUCAGUCUGAGACCCACCCUGCCCAAGAAACCUCAACAAUUGCCCAGAUUUUCGCCGUCGGCGGCCUGGAGGGCCCUGGGCCAGUCGGACAAUUACCACCAGCGCUCCAGCUCGAUGAGCAGCGUUAGCAACAACAAGCUCAACGCAUCCAGCAGCAAGGCCAGUGACAUGAGCGCCAUGGAUCUGAGCGACGAGGAGGAUGAAGAUGAGGACGUCAUGGAGGAGAGGAUCGCCAAGAACGCGCUCCGACCCGUGGCCCCGCAUCCGCCUCGCAUCUCCAACGAGAAAUCGGCCGAUUCCGGCAUUUCCGGCGACGCUGGCAGUCCAGAUGCGGCCAUGGUGGCCAGCGGUGGCGCCAGCGGUCGAGACAAGCCUCUGGCCAUGUCCUCGCCGGUGCCUCCGCAGCAGCAACGGAAUCAGUUGCAGAGCAACUGGACUCCGCAGCAGGAUCUAUUGGACGAUGACAGUAGCAACAGCAGCAGCGACGACGAGGCCGGCAAUCACAUGAAACGUGGCGCCCGCAACGGCUCCUGCUUCCCGUCCAGCAAACAGCGCAACUCGUUGGAUCCAACACCUCCCAAGAUCAUCCCGAAAUCUCAAAUGUUCAACGACUCUUCCAUGACGGAUCAGACGGGCGGAUCACGCUCCUCUUCCAUGUCCAAAGGAGGGCGCAAGUAUCGCAAACGGAACGAGACGGGCGGAAGCAGUCGGACCGGGGACGAAGGAACUGGCGGAUCCGCCGGCGCCGGGGCUCAUUGCAUUCCGCAAAAGUACAACAGUUUGCGCAAAUUGAAACGAUCCGUUUCCGGGGCUUUCGCUACGGCCUUCCGCCGGGGCAAAUGUUCGCCUUCCGACGACGACCACGACGACGAAGAGUGUGCGACUCGUGGGGGUCACCAUUCGUCCGGCAACAAUUGCGACGACGGCAACUGGAUGCUGAGCCGCAGCGCUCCCAAUUCGGUCCUCAACGGAUCUGUUGGCGGUGACGAUGGAUCGUAUCCGUCGAUCCGCAAAUUGCAGAGCCGCUCAGAGGCCGACCUUCUGGCCCAGCAAAGUCACGGUGGAUUCGUCCAUAUUGGCCAACAGUAUCCGGCCUACAGCCAGCCAUCCGUCUUGUCCACGCAGAGGAUCGUCUACUUGCCGCAAUACGAUUCGCGGAUCGUCUCUGCCCAUCAGCGCCAGCCGCGCCUGGGCCGCCCCGUGUCCAUGGACCAAUCGGACAUGAUGCGGCGAGCCAGGUCGGCGGAUGCGGUCUUCCUGGAAGCCAAGAAGCAAUCGGUCGGCCAGCGUUUGUUUGGCAGCGGCCAGUCGCCCGGUAGCAAGAAAUUCACGUUCCAGUCGACGGUGCGCGUCCACGAGAAGCGUCUGCUGGAGGAGAAACUGUCGAAAGAAGCGGAACACAAGGAGCGGAAGCGUCUGCAAGAGACGCAGGCCAUGCAGCGAGUGGAGGAGGAAUUCCAGAAGAAGAGAGCCAGGGAGAAGGCCAACAUCCGGCAGCAGUUGCGGGUACUCCAGCUGGAUCACUACAAACAUCAAGAACAGCUGAUGAUUCUACGAGAGCAGCAGCACCACCAGCAGCAGAGAAUCGCUCGGCUCGAUCCGGAAGGAGCUCCCUCUUCCAUUUCGCACCAUCGCACAUCGAGCGAUGAGCUUCCUGUCCAGCAGUCGCCGCCCGUAAGGAAAUCCGUGAACGCUCGAUCGACAGCUGCCGUCGAGUCUCGAGACAAGCGGAAGGAACCGACUAUUGUUACAUCGACUCCAGUUUCCGCCUUGCAGCAGUUGCGGAACAACCGGGGCAAAUCGAGCAACAUCCGUUCGGAAGACGUGGUCGAUUCCGCAAAGAAGAAGACGACGAUCCAGCCGCAAAUGGACUACCGUCGGGAAGUCAUCAACAGUUCACGUUCCCGAUCGGCUGCAAUCACCACUACUCAAUCUGGAAUUCCGGCCGGAACUUCGAACGGAGUCGCUCAAUUCGCUGAUCAGCGGCCGAAUAACAACAACCCCGAGCGCAAUAAUAACAACAACAACAACAACAGCAACGCCGUUGCCACUGCCGCCCAGCAGAAGAAGAAAUCCAGCAGCAACAUUUACAGACGGCUGGCCGAAAUCACGUCGGAAGAGGAGAGCAUCUCGUCUCCGCCCCCUGUCCCUACCAUUCUGGCCCGCUCUUCCAAUCCAUCGGGAAUGAAUGUCAAGCAGCCGGCCCCGCCUCAGUCCAGAUUGUCCGCCACGCCCGUCCAGCAGCACGUAGUCAGUAGCACCAACGGCAACCCAACUAUUAACAACGGCAAAGUGAUGACCCAAGAAUUGAGCGAAUACCGUCAAGAACGUCGCGAGUACCACGACUUCCGCAGUCCCCGUCUCCAUCAGCAGCAAUUGAUUACAUCCCCAGGUCGAUAUUAUGGAGCUGGACAGCCGGGCCACCGAGUGCUGCCGUCAUCGGCGGCAUCUUCGUCGACGUCUUCCGCAAUUUCCAACAAGAUGCAAUCGGAUAAUUACCGCUGGGACUUUGCUCACGGCGGACGUGGUGGACACCACAUGCCGGCCCAUCCUUCUGUCAUGAAAUCGACGCCGACGCCGCAGUCGGUUGCAACCUGGCAGCAUCACCACCACCAGGCCCAGCUGUUGCAGCAACAGCAGCAGCAGCCUCCAGUCUUUUCGUCAAGGCAACAGCAGCAGCAGGAUUACCAUCACCAUCAUCAUUUCUACAAGAUGGCAUCACCACCAGCCGAUGUCGUCAUGAUGCACAGGACGCCGCAGCAGCGCCACCACUAAUUUGAGCGACUAUUCCGGUAUAUCACAUACCAUGAAUUGAAUUGAAUAUCGGUCUUCCAUUUAUAGCUUUUGUACUUUUGAUUCUUUGUCUUUGUGUAAUUUAGAAAGAGAAAAAAAAACAGAAAUGUGUAGAUCUUCUUGUCGAGUGUUGAUGACUCCACAAUAAGUGCCUGUAGCCAAUCAAAAAACAGCAUAUGUGUCUUUUUUUUUUUUUAAAUUACGCUGGCGAAAACGACGAAAUGAAAUGUGCGGUGAAAAAAAAAUGGCUUUAAAAAUGGUUUAUAAAUUCUGUUUUCUACUACGAUUUGCGCCCGUCGUCCCCAAUUUUUCCUUCAGUUUACAACAAAACAAUCAACCAAAAAUAAAAACAGAAAAGACAUUUUUUUUUACAGUUUUUUGUCAAAGUGUCGGAUGUUCUUUUUUGUUGUCGCUCCCGUUUGACCGUUUAUGUUGUACAGAAUGACAAUGCUGUUUGUAUACAUUUAUAUAGCAGACUAUCUCCAUUCAAUACAUUUGAAAUCCAUUUCGCUCUAA